AUGCCAUAUACGCCUCCGUCCGCGCAGUCACCUGCCUCGUCGAAGCCCACCAGUCCCGCCAUCAGCCGGUCGUCAUCGUAUUGCGAAGAUGCUCCACGGUCACCCUCAGUCGGCCGCCCGACUCCGCCGCGAUCCAUGUCCUCAUCCUCAUAUCUCCACAAACACCGACGAUCGCCGUCGAUAGCAAAAUCAGAGGGAGCACUACCGACACCUACAGAGAAGGGAUCAUCGGUGCAGAUGGUGGACUUUGCACCUAAUGGCAGCGUCCGCCAGUCGCCACCGCCAGUCAACAACCUCAGAAUGCCGACUGGCGCGGUGUUGUCGCCUCCUGAUUCGUCGGAAAACUCAGAUGGCGACGAGACCAACGAACAUCAACGUGGGCGUGAGCGUGAGCUGGACAGAAAUAUGGUUGAUGAGCUGCAACAGGCCGUGCGGCUGAUCGAUCAGAGAAAAGAGCCAUCGCCGGAUAGGGGCACGACGUUGACAUCAGAGACCAUCUCAGAGCCGGUGUCUCAGUCAACAUCACCCACAGCUCUGACCGCCGAAGCUCGGAAGAUUUCGCAUUCUCGGUCGUCCACCGAGACUGCAAUCAUCAUACCACGGACAAAGUUCGACUCGCCUGCGCAGUCAUCGGACGAUAGCGACGACGAUGAGGGCCCGCUGUCGAGACCGUCGCUGGUGCGGAAGAAGUCUGGUGAGCUGGUGAAACCUGCACUGCGACCAUCAUCCAGAAGGCGAUACUCGAGCAUGCCAGGAACACCUACCUACCACAAAUCUGUCCACUUCAACGAGAGCAACAAUCAGACGCGACACUUUCUGCAGGUCGACAAGCCUAUCGCAGUCAGCGCUGGUACUUCACCAGUAGAGAUGUACGAGAGCGAGUCGGAGUUCCCAUUCGACGACUCCAAAGCUGAGCGCGAGAUACGGUUGGCCAACUUCCCAGCCGACACUUUUGAUCGCAGAACGAAGCCAGUCAGAGUGGAGCGGAUCUUCCUAUCUACCGACAAACAAACGCUGGUUGGUGUUAUCGCGGUCCAGAACAUCUCGUUCCACAAGCUGGUCGUGGCUCGCUUCACUCUCGACUACUGGAAGACCACGUCCGAGGUGGUUGCAGAGUACAACAAUGACCCCAAGAAUCCCACCACUGAUGGAUGCGAUCGGUUCAACUUCCACAUCAAGCUGUCUGACCAAGCGAACAUCGACAACAAGACUCUGCUCCUCUGCGUUCGAUAUAACGUUGGCGGGCAGGACUACUGGGACAACAAUGACAACACCAACUACCAGAUCGACUUCACCAAAGUCGUCAAGAGCUCUCAGAGGCCUGUUUCAGCGCCUGGCCUUGGAGCUCGACCUCUUAACGCCAUUCCACGUAGCCGCCAUACUCCACCUGCGAGCGCCCGCGGCCAACGCGACAGCAUCGAUGAUGACUUCUCGAAUCGCUUCGAUAGCGGCUCUACCUACAGUUUUGGCUCCGCCAACCAGCUGCUCGGCGAGUCUCCUAACGCCGUCAAGCUGAAGCCGCGCGCGAAGUUCCAGGCUCCCACUGCCGCUCCUACCGCCAACGGCCUCGGCGGUCGCUACGACUUUGGUGCGUCUUUGACUGCUGCACUCUCCUCUGCCCAGGAGAAGUACGGUCGUCAGAGUGGUCUUCUAGGCGCCGCUCAGAACGAAGCCGGAGGUAGCUACUUUGGACCUAUCGACCGGACUGAAGGUCCUGUAAAGGCAGACGAGCACCCUGACGCCAUCACCACCGAUAGGCCUGCGAUGGGCUCCGAUCAGUACAAAGACCUGGUCCAGAAGUUCUGCUACUUCACUUCUGGUCCUGGAAAGCCUGCCGUCAGCUCCCCUCUGCCUACUGCUACUGAGACAACACCAUCAUCUGCUGCAUCACAGUCUGCUGCGAAGACUGAUGGCGCCGAUGAUACCGAUGCUGCAUCGCCUGGGUCAUCAUCUACGAGCUCAGAAUCUGACUCGCCGCCAGUAGACGGCAGCAACGAGCCAGCUGGACACGGGCCAACAACAGCGUUCAGUCCAUUCACGUCGCGCUCGGGCUCGCCAGCGCCGGUAACAGGCGGUGGCAUGGGCGGACGCGCGGCAUCUCCCAUCAGCUUCGGAUAUCCAUAUUACCACGAUGCGCGGGACGGAUACCUUUCCGAUUCACACAUACCUACCGCUAUACAUGGUUGA